AGUAUAGUGUGACCUAUAAUUGUUCAUAACCUUUUAUUUGUCAGAGUAGCCUCCCUUUAAAGAUGGCAGCUGGAAAUCCUGGUGUUGAGUUUGAUGAAGCCUGGAUACAGAAUGUGUAUGUCAACCUUUCUGCAACCAAGCGACGGGCAGAGGUUCUGGGCACCAGAAGAACAGUUAAGAAACAAUGGCAGGCUGCAUGGGAGUUGCGAGCUGUAGCCUGUAUUGACCUGACCACACUGGCUGGGGAUGAUACCCUCUCAAACGUGAACAGAUUGUGCUUUAAGGCAAAAUCACCAGUGAGGCCAGACCUUCUAAAGGCCUUGGAAAUGGAUGAUGUUGGUUUGACUGUUGGAGCAGUAUGUGUAUAUCCAAAUCGUGUGGCAGACGCUAUUAAUUCCCUGAAAGCAGCUGGUGGUUCACACAUACCUGUGGCUUCAGUUGCCACUGGUUUCCCGUGUGGUCAGACCCCACUAAAGACACGCCUGGAGGAGAUCAGGAUGGCAGUAGCAGAUGGGGCCCGGGAGAUCGACAUCGUCAUCAAUCGGCAACUGGCUCUCACUGGAGACUGGAAAGGAAUCUAUGAGGAGGUACGUAUGAUGAAGGAGGCAUGCAGCGACGCCCACAUGAAGACCAUCCUAGCCACUGGAGAGCUGGGUACCCUGGUCAAUGUCUACAAGGCCUCCCUCGUGUGCAUGAUGGCUGGAGCGGACUUCAUUAAAACAUCCACUGGCAAAGAAGGCGUGAAUGCCACCUUGAUGGUAGGCCUGGUGAUGGUACGAGCUAUCAGAGAAUACUUUGAACGCACAGGCUACAAGGUGGGAUUUAAGCCUGCAGGUGGUAUCAGAUCUGCCAAGGAUGCAUGCACCUGGCUGUCCCUUAUGAAGGAAGAGCUAGGGGAUGAGUGGACCCAACCGGAACUCUUCAGAUUAGGGGCCAGCACCCUGCUGGUGGACAUUGAGAGGCAGCUCUUCCACUUUGUCUAUGGACGCUAUGCCGCUGCUCACGAAAUUCCUAUGUCAUAAUCAUGUCUUUCUUCCAGUGUAUUUAGCUUUUAAUUAAAGGUUGGAUAUUUUGGUAUCCUGUGAUUCAAGCUUUUUUACGUCUAUUUCCUAUAAAAGACAAAUAUUUUGGUAACAAGUUAUUUAGUUGACUAUUAACAACUAGCAUUUCUUAGCAUACAUAUCACAAUAACUUCUGUAUUUUUUAGUAGGUUUUUUAAAAAACUUUGUUGUAUAUUGAAUUCCAAGUAACGAAACCUGUUUAUUAAACCUUAUUUAAAGUUCCAAGUAAGUGUUUUAAUUUAAUGAAAUAUAAUCAGAGAUCUGCAGGGAACUGCCAUAUUGCAUUUACAUUUUGUUAAAAAUUGUUAUGGUACAGGAUUUUGUUGUAUUCAGAGUUUAUUGUUUUAGUUUUGUUUGGUAUUAUUUUGUUUUCAUAUUAUGUAUGUUAGUGUUUUAAUGGCCACCAUAGUAAAGAGGAAUAGUCUUUCUUUGGAUUUAAGUUUUUUUGAAAUCUGAACAGAAUUAUUUAAGUAUAUGGAGUUAUUUAUUUUUGUUUUUCUUUGAGAUAGUAUCAGAUUGCUUUACGUUAAAUUGAACUUUUUGUAAGGCUUUAGCUAUAUAUACUAUUUUUUCUGUUUAUAAUAAAAUAUGUAUUGGACCCAUUUGCCUUUAUUGUGUCAUUACUAAAAAGGUGUUCAAUUGAAUCUCAAAAGAAUUUUUGAGUGAAUACUUUUUCACCACAUGCCAAAGUAUGUGUUGUUAAUUAUCUAUUGGCAGCUGUAUAAGUGUACUAAUUGUUGUGUUGUGCUGUAUGGAAUAUUACUGUUAAUGACUUGUGUAGAUUUAUUUGAUUUAUCGCCAUAAGUUUUUAUAAGAGAAAUACAGCAUUCAAUAUCAAUUAUAGAUAACUACGUUCAAGAUUAGAAGUUUUAAAUAGUCGGCAUAAUUUGUAGUUCGUGUUCAUUAUAUGACAAUCAGAAUCUAAGAAAAAUGUAAUUUAGUUUUUGGAAUUUCUGUGUUCUGGAAUGAUAUUGAGCUAUCAUUAUUUAUUAAUAUUUUUUAGGAAAAAUACUUUGUUUAUUGUGUUAUACUAUACAUGGUAUGGAGUAGUUAUACAUCUUGUUAGCUAAAUAAAAGACAUGGAAAGGACUUACUGAGUUAUUUUGUCUUUGGAAGUGAUAUUUAUGUUUUUCAACUGUCUCUAUGUUUUAUAUAAAAAGGCACUGCAUUCUAUUUUACAUUUAAAUAUACCUCUUGUUAUGUCACUAUUUUGUUUUUAUUUGAUUGAUUCUUGAAAGAAUCUCAUCUGAAAAAUGUAUGUUGAUGACUUUAUAUACAUAUAUUGACAUGUUUUUGAAAUGCUGAUAAAACAAAUGACUGAAAAUUCAUAAAAUCAAAACUGUUACCCCCAGAAUUUCGUAUAAAAGUUUAAUGAAAGACAUUAAUGUUCAAAAUAAAUGAUUUCAAAUACAUGUAAUAUAAUCUUAAAGAACUAAUAACUUGAAUAUAAGGCAGUUUAUGUGGUUCGUAAUGUUCAUUCGUUUUGAGAACCAUGUAUUUGGAAGCGUGUAUGGGUUAAAGUUCUAAAAUAAAACUGUCUUUUUACUGGUUGUUGACAAAUACAAAUUCACCUGUCGGUACAAUUUAUAUGAAUUGUGUGUGUCAUAAUCAGUUUGUAGUCAGAAUACUUACUUUGUUUGUAAACAGCAUGUUGUAGAUUGUUGUGCACAAUACACAAACAAAUAAAAUGUAAGAUGA